CACUGGAGCCAACCAGACCGCCAGUAACUCAGCGCCCCAAGCGACGGACAAGGCCUCUGUGGGCAGUGGAUCCGCCUCUAUAUCUGCGGUCAAACGGUCAAAGGCAUGCAAAAGAAAGAAGAGGAAAGACCCAAAGGAACCACAAAAACCCGUCUCGGCCUACGCCUUGUUUUUCCGAGACAGCCAAGCGGGCAUCAAGGGACACAACCCCAGCGCCUCUUUCGGAGAAGUGUCCAAAAUAGUUGCUUCCCUGUGGGACCAGCUAAACCCGGAACAUAAAGAGGUGUAUAAAAAGAAAACAGAGGUAGCCAAGAAGCAGUACCUGAAGCAACUGGCUGCCUACAGAGCUAGUCAAGUGUCACAGCAACAUCAUCAGUUCAAUAUGGGUCAAGCAACAUCCUCAACAGAGUCGCACUGCACGUCCCAACACUCACCUGUGCCUGGCCCCGUCUACACGUACCCGCCACACGUUGAUCAGGUGCGACUCGCCAGCUACCCGGAACCAAUGGUUGUCCAUAGCGGUUACGAGAUGUCCACUACUGGAGAGAACCCAAGCAGAGCUUACCCCCAAUACCCGGACCACGGUUGCUCACAGUACCCAGGAGGGCACCCGGGGUGGGACACUGAAUACUACAACAGUGAAUCGGUCAUUCCACAGUGCAGGGACGUCUUAACAAGCUGGGUCGGCCCGGCAUCUAGCACAAACACAUUUCCAGUCAAGUGA